AGAAAACGUAGAGACCGGAAAUGUGCCUGUUUCUUCCUGUCCUAAAUUCGGAGUCAGCGCCCCCUGUGGUCCGGAGGGGAAGUGACGUUGUUGCUGGGAAGAUGGCGACCGCGGCGACUAUCCCAUCGUCAGCCAUGGCCACGGCCACGGCAGCGGCUCUUGGCGAGGUGGAGGAUGAGGGGCUCCUGGCGUCGCUGUUCCGGGACCGCUUCCCCGAGGCCCAGUGGCGCGAGCGGCCCGAUGUGGGCCGCUACCUCCGGGAGCUGAGCGGCUCUGGGCUGGAGCGGCUGCGGCGCGAGCCCGAGCGCCUGGCGGAGGAGCGGGCGCAGCUGCUGCAGCAGACGCGCGACUUGGCCUUCGCCAACUACAAGACCUUCAUCCGCGGCGCCGAGUGCACCGAGCGCAUCCACCGCCUGUUUGGCGACGUGGAGGCGUCUCUCGGCCGCCUGCUCGACCGCUUGCCCAGCUUCCAGCAGAGCUGCAGGAACUUUGUGAAGGAAGCUGAGGAGAUCAGCUCCAACCGCCGGAUGAAUAGCCUGACCUUAAACCGGCACACAGAAAUUUUGGAAAUACUGGAGAUUCCUCAGCUCAUGGACACCUGUGUCCGGAACAGUUAUUAUGAAGAGGCCCUGGAGCUUGCAGCCUAUGUACGCCGACUGGAGAGGAAAUACUCUUCCAUCCCUGUCAUCCAGGGCAUCGUGAACGAAGUGCGCCAGUCCAUGCAGCUGAUGCUAAGCCAGCUGAUCCAGCAACUGAGGACCAACAUCCAGCUUCCCGCCUGCCUCCGUGUCAUUGGCUACCUGCGGCGCAUGGACAUCUUCACUGAGGCUGAGUUGAGGGUGAAGUUUCUUCAGGCCCGAGAUGCUUGGCUCCGGUCCAUCCUGACUGCCAUUCCUAAUGAUGAUCCCUAUUUCCAUAUCACAAAAACCAUCGAGGCCUGCCGUGUCAAUCUCUUUGAUAUCAUCACCCAGUACCGUGCCAUCUUCUCAGACGAGGACCCACUGCUGCCUCCUGCCAUGGGUGAGCACACUGUGAAUGAGAGUGCCAUAUUCCAUGGCUGGGUGCUACAGAAAGUCUCACAGUUCCUGCAGGCGCUGGAGACUGACCUUUACCGGGGCAUAGGCGGCCGCCUGGACUCUCUGCUGGGCCAGUGCAUGUAUUUUGGGCUGUCCUUCAGCCGGGUGGGAGCUGAUUUCCGGGGUCAGUUGGCUCCUGUUUUCCAGCGGGUGGCCAUCAGCACUUUCCAGAAAGCAAUUCAGGAAACAGUGGAGAAAUUCCAGGAAGAAAUGAACUCCUACACACUCAUCUCAGCUCCAGCCAUCCUGGGCACCAGUCACAUGCCUGCUGCUGUGCCAGCCGCCCAGCCGGGGACGCUGCAGCCACCCAUGGUGCUCCUAGAUUUCCCACCCCUCGCCUGCUUCCUCAACAAUAUUCUGGUCGCCUUCAAUGAUUUGCGCCUCUGCUGCCCUGUGGCCCUGGCGCAGGAUGUGACUGGGGCCUUGGAAGAUGCCCUUGCCAAGGUAACUAAAAUAAUCCUGGCCUUUCAUCGCGCCGAAGAGGCUGCCUUCAGCAGUGGGGAGCAAGAGCUCUUCGUCCAGUUCUGCACUGUCUUCCUGGAAGACCUUGUUCCGUAUUUAAAUCGCUGUCUCCAAGUCCUUUUUCCACCAGCUCAGAUAGCACAGACUUUAGGCAUUCCUCCCACUCAGCUCUCCAAGUACAGUAACCUCGGGCAUGUGAACAUUGGCGCCAUUCAGGAGCCCCUCGCCUUUAUUCUGCCAAAGAGAGAGACGCUCUUCACCCUGGAUGACCAGGCGCUGGGGCCCGAGCUCACAGCUCCAGCACCAGAGCCGCCCGCCGAGGAGCCACGUCUGGACCCCAAUGGAGAACAGGUGGUGUGGCAGGCGAGCGGGUGGGCAGCCCGCAUCAUCCAGCACGAGAUGGACCACCUGCAGGGCUGCCUGUUUAUUGACAAAAUGGACAGCAGGACAUUCACAAACGUCUAUUGGAUGAAGGUGAAUGACUAAAGCUUUGUUAUUGGGGCUGAGGAUUCCGGAUACCAAGACGCAAACACUUUCACUUUGAGCUGGGCACAUCUUACUUGGCAUCAACUUGGAUGGCUCGCAUAUGACAGGAAACUGGAUUGCCAAGGCAUGGCAGACUGAGCUGGAGGAAGAUGUCAGGAAUGUUUGCCCUGAAAUCAGUUAUGGACGAAAUGUUGUCUACAACUUGAGGAGAAAAAUCACCCCCAAAGGAGUGGACAUUUCCUAACAAUUGUGUAUGGAGGAAGGUGGGGUAAUUGCAUUCGUCUGCAGUAGACACGAGUUCCUCGGACCUGUAUGAUCUACUCCCAAAGCCAAGGUUUGGUAAUAAUGUAGUCCCCAAAUAUCUGAAAGCUGUCUUUAAAAAUGCAGGUAAGCAUGUGACUGGC